UGCAGGCCUAGUUGACCCACUCGAGCCACCGUGGACUGCGCUCAUACAAAUGCAAAAUGAGCGUACCGGCCCUGAUAAUCGAUAUAGGCGGUGGCUCCCUAAAAGUGGGAUUUGCUGGCGAUGAGAGACCCAAGAUAAUCGACAAUUGUAUUUUCAAAUCGAGAACUCUUUCCGGACGUACUUUUAUAGGCGACGAGAUUGACGAUUGUGAAAAUUUGUCCAGUCUAUAUUAUAUUAUGCCUUUUAAGAAGGGUUACUUGAACGAUUGGGACGUUCAAACUAGGAUACUGGACAAUGUCUUGUCACGGCUUUUCAAGCAGGUUCGUGCACCUGUUUACUCGUCCAUCCCAGUUCGAAACAACAGAAGCACCAGUACACAUUUUCAGAUUGCAAUCUGCUUGUCACUGAGCCUUAUUUCAACUUUUAUGCGACGAAAGAAGCUAUGAACGAAAUGUUUUUCGAGGAGUACCAAUUCAAUGGGAUUAUCCGGACCAACCCUGCGUUUCUGGCUGCCUACAAAUAUCAGUCGGAGUCAGUGCAGCGGCUGUCACGGUAUUGUUUGGUCAUUGAUUCGGGUUACUCGUUCACACAUCUGAUUCCUAUGGGCGAUGGUCGCAUAAUGGGCGAAUUUGUUUUACGACUGAAUGUAGGGGGCAAAAUCCUUACCAAUCGGCUGGUGGAUAUCAUUUCAUAUAGACAUCUAGAUGUACGGAGCGAGGUUCAUAUAAUGAACCAGUGUAAGGAAGACGUGUGCUACGUCUCUACUAACUUUUGGAGCGACUUGGAUUUAUCCAGACUGAAUCCCUCGAAGAAUCCUAUCCUACGUGAAUACGUUUUGCCAGAUUAUGCGGAGGUUCCCAGAGGCUACAUACGCAUUCCCAAUCAAGAAUGCACUUCUUUGUCAGAUUUAUACGCCCCUCCAAUCCCCAAGCGAUCUACCCAACAGGGUUACGUUCUCCGUUUGAGCAACGAGCGAUUUACUGUACCCGAAUUGUUGUUUCAUCCUGGGGACGUGGGAUUCCGAGACAUGGGUUUAACAGAAGCUAUGGGCUAUCUUAUGUGUGAACGCCUUCCUCCAGCUGUACGUCCUGGUGCCUGGGCAAAUAUAUUGGUCAUUGGUGGCAGCACUUGCUUUCCUGGCUUUCUGGACCGUUUGAAGGUCGAUCUGCGUUGUUUACCACCCGAUGAUCUCGCUGUCAAUAUCUUUAUGCCGAACAACCCCCGAACCUACGCUUGGGAAGGCGGAUCAUUGUUAGCUCAAACGAAAGACGAUUUUACGUCAUACUUGGUCACUCGAGCUGAGUACGAUGAAGGUGGAUCGGCAUAUUGCGAACGUCGAUUUCCGGUCUCUUGACGACAGUUCUUGGUUUCUCCGCCGAAUACUUGCAAUAUGCGCGAAGUGAACCGGUCAUACAACAGAACACUUUCUUUUUUUGUCAUAUAGUAUCUUUAUGUAAUACAAGUAACGAAUAGGAUGCAUCGGCAUGCAGAAAUGAGGAGGAAGGGUGGUGAGACGACAAUUGACGACGUCAUGAUAGAAAACAAUGGAGGGAUGGCGAAUCCGUUACACCUUUGAGGAGCACAUGUGGGGACGGGAAAGCAGAAGCCGAGCUUCAAAUUAGACAAGCUGGUGUUUCGUAGAUGUCCUGUUUGUGCACAACCGAGUCUGGGCAAUUCGGCCCGACGGCAUGCGCACACGA